AUGCGUCACGUACCGGGACCGCUGCGGGAAGUCAUGCAAAAACGUGCCGACCAGCUAGAUAAUUCACAGGGGGAUCACACACGUAUCGCCAGCGCCGACUCCGACCGGUAUUCCGUUGCGAUCGCAACGGUAUUCGACCAGGGACCGUGGGUGGACAUGUGCCAGUACUUGGGCUUACCGGCUGUACCAGGGACGCUUUACGGUAGCAUCAAGAUGCGUAGCCUCGAGUACACGGUACAAAACGUUGUCGACGACGACGAGGCUCCCGCUAAAGUGCCCCAGCUAUUAGUGCUUAUCAAGUCCACCCGAUACGUUAACGAGGAAAUUGUCGCCGUGCUUCACGACCCGACAGGAGAAGUGGAUGGCUACUUUCACCGAGAACUCGUUGAGCAUCUCGGUCCAGCUCUUGUUGGUGGUGUGGGCGUUCUACUCUACAAGGUAUCAGUAUUCACGCCCACUGAUGCGCCUGUGACAGGAAGACGAAAGAGCUACUUGAACAUCACACCGCGGAAUGUGGAGCGCAUAUUUGUCACGAAAGACUCGUCGAACGCUGUGAAAAUAGGGGACAUUGUCAAUUCGUUUAACAAAGAAAAAGAGGACAAGUCUCAGCACGAGAGCGACCAAGACGACUACGAAGACAAUCUCGAAUCCAAAAGCGAGCAGGCGACACGGCAGUUACUGCAGCACAGCACAGUCCGCGACACUUCGGCAGAGUUGACGUUCCUUUCGCAGCGACAAGUGGUCCAUCGCAAUCCACCUGUGCGAGAUCCUGCUGUGGUGACAACGGCGAAAGUGACGACAGGGAAGCGCGGAAAAAGUGCUGCAAAACCAGCUCCAGAUCACGAAAGCGGGCUUGGAAAGUGGCAGUGGAGCAAAUUGCUGAAGAAGAGGACAAGUGGCGAUGCCAGUGACGAGCGCGCCGUGGACUCAAGACGUUCGCAAGAGCGUCAGGGCUUCUUGAAUGCGAGCUCGCACCUCAUGAACCUGAUCACGAAGCAAAAGGAUCGGAGCAGAGACGACAGAGCGAAGCAAGACACAAUGGCAGCUGCAGUAAGGGCAACGAAACCUGUUAGUGUGCACUUUGCGUCAGAAACGGAGAUUUGCCUGCCGUCUAUGCCUCGCGACUCUGACAGGUCCGAAACACCGCCGACCAGUUCAUCGUCACAAUGUUUGCCAGCCAUAGCAGCAGCAGCAGCAGUAGCAGUAGGUGGUCACAGCGAAAAGCACGACAGCAACUAUAACUCGGAUAGUCAGGACGACGACGAUGAUUGGUGA